CACAUGUUUUAUCACAACAUUCACAACAACACACAACAACAACGUUAUAAAUAACAUUGAUUCAUUUGACGUAAACGAUUUACGUUAAUUUCAAAUUAAAAGUAUUUAUUAUUAUCGUUAGUUUAAUUGGCAUAAUUCUUAAUUGCGUAUAUAACUCCCCCACCAUGGAGUCACCCACGCCCUUCAUAAUGGCGACUAGUCCUUUAGAAGUUGACAUCAUUUUGGACAAUAUUUUCCAAUACUUGUCCGGCCGCGAGCUUACCCAUGUGCGAAGAGUGUGCAGAAAAUGGUGGGAUUUGAGUCGGCACUUUCUAAAAGAUAAGAUUGACCAGGUUCCCGUCAAUUUCGGAGCAACAGGAUCUAAUUCUAGUCAAGAUGAUGACGAAGACGACGAGAGGCACACCCACGGCCAAGAUGUGCUGACCUUUAACCGUUACGGCUACUCAUUCUUACACCCGACUGUCCUCUCGUUUACAAACUUUUCCUUCACAAACCUAUCUCUGAAUCAUUUCUUUGUGCAAGAUUUUUUCAACAAGUAUGGGACGAUGGUUAAAGUUUUGAAGAUUGAAUAUAAUCCUGACAAGGGUGGGGACAACAAUAUUUUGGACUCCGCCACGUUACGAACCCUUGUUCUGGAACAAUGUCCUAAUCUGGUCGAAAUGCAACUCAUCAAUAUUCCCCAAGGUUGGGAACGAAACAGUUUAUUUACCAAGGAUGAACUAGAGUCUCCGUCCCCACCAUCCUGUAACAUUGAAAAGUUGACGAUUUCUUACACACCGUGUGGUCGCACUUUUGUCCCGUACUUUAUUUGGGGAAUAGCUCAAAUCUGUCCAAAAUUGAGCGAUAUAACAAUUCUAAUAAGUGGUGAUGAAGGGUCUAAAUUUUCAUCGUAUGCGAAAACUUUCUUCUGUAAUCUUCAAGAUCCACAAAACAAACAAGCAUUCAAGGUUAACUUGACCAACCUCAAAUUCAGCCAUUUGUCCAGUGAAACUCUGAACUUGCUGCCGAAUUCCUUAAAAUUGAUGAAAUUCGAAGCGGAGUUCUUGUCGUUGGACUUAAAUAAUAUAACAUCCAAGUUUCGCCCAUUUUUAGAUGCUCAAUCGUUAACACUCGAAAAAUUAAGUAUUCCAAAUUUCGCCUUGUUUGUCCCCAAGUCGACCCCACCUCCACAAAUAUUCCCCACCUGUAUGGAAAAAGUGACCUGCCUCACACUCGGAUUGUCAAAGUGUGCCCACAUAGAUUUCGCGUUACAGUUUCCGUCCUUACAAACGCUAGUUUUACUUCAUAACAAUGGACAUGUACAUCCCGUGAAUCUAGAUUCAUUUAUCUCGACAUCUCCUCUCAAAUCUCUCACCUCGUUGGAGCUGCCUGCUUGCUUAACUCGAUAUCAUUUCGACAGGUUGGGAUCUUUACUACAAAAUGUGAAACAUCUCUGUCUCGGAUAUCAGGGCUCUUUCUGGCUGGACAAGGUUGGAGAGACGUGUUCAGAUUUGAUAGCUCUAUAUAUUUGUGGAUAUCCUCCACCUGAAUUAGCCAACCAAUCAGCAAUUAAUGGUCUCAGCCUGGAAAAGAUACUCGAAGGUUUUGAUGCAGAGAAGGAGACAUUGAGUCAAGAAAUUAGCAACGAAACAACUAACCCGACAUUUACUUCCUUGUCAAAUUUUACAAAGCUCCGUGAGCUAACGAUUCAUGGUAGUUCGACAAGGCAAGGCGAUCUCAUCCAAUCCCGAGGCAGUAUCGAUGUUAUAAGUGAUGAUAUGCUUCGUCAGGUCGUGGGGAAAAUGAAAGACUUGAAAUAUCUCCAUAUUACGGUGGAAAAUAACGUAUCAGAUCUCAAAUUCUUGGAAGAAUCCUGCCCUCAUUUGGAACUAUGCAAUUUCCAACCUAAUCAACAUUUAAUACAUUUGAAGGCUGACGCUUUUCAUGGAAAUCCACAUUCAACUUUUCUUCAACAUUAGAGCGAACUGAUGACAUUACUCACUUAAUCUAUUAAUAAAUAGCUAUAUAUAAUACCUAUAUAUGUUAUCCGUUUGGUACUCUUCAACCGAGAAUAUAAAUUAAAAUUUGCUGUUUCGAAUA